AUGGAUUGCGUAGAAAUACCAAAAAGAGUUUGGCAUAGCAAUAAAAAUAAUGAAUACAUACUACAAGAUGAUAAAAAUGAUGAAUACAUGCCGCAAGAUGAUGAAAUUUAUAAAUAUAGAUCAAAAAUAAACUUAGAUGAAGAAACUGUGCCUACUGGUUCCAAUUAUUACUCAGAAUCAUUAAUUAGUAAGCAUGAAAAAUAUUCAAAUAAAAAAAAAAGAAGAGUGGCAGUACCACUUCCAGUUUCAUAUUCUCAGUUAAGAAAACAGCCUAUCGAUCCUUUUCAUAAUUGUGGUUUAAAAGCAGCAUCGGGGACGAAAAAUGGAUUUGAUUUAAUGUACACAUAUGGGAAAAAAAAUGCAAAAAUUUCUGAAUAUGAUGAGACUGAUUCGUCUUAUUUAGUUAAUAUUAAUAACAAACAAGUUUUGUCUAAGCAUCAAAAAGUUAACAUGCAAGAUGAAUCAGUUGGACAAUUGAGCGAAACUUCCAAAAGCUUAAAAGUAUCUAAAUCUGGUGAAACUUUACUUCGUAGUCCUAGACACCUUAAUAUUGAAUAUAAAUACUCUAGAAAGACCAAGCAACAAUUAAACAAAAAACAGACGACUAUUACAAAGGCAUUUGAAACUUUUUUAUCAAAGCCACAUAACAUAUCUGAACAGGCCAUUCGUGAUAGGGCUAUUAUUGAAGUUGUUAUUUUCCAAAAUCUUUCAUUUUCAUUUAUAGAAGAUAAAAUGUUUGAGCGAUUUGCGAAAAUUGUAGACUUACGUUAG